AUGGAUAUUGGGACUCACACUCUCGGGUCGGUUACUAGUAAUGAAAACGGGUCGUUUGGUCAAAAACAGCUCGGAGGAUCCAAACAAGACAGAUCCGGUUUCGACGGUGAGGAUUGUUUCCAAAGAAGCUCGAAGCUAGCAAGAACAUCAACAGCAACAGCAGAAGAAGAACACUUAUCUUCUUCCUCUUACGCAGCUGCUUAUUGCAAACCGAUGUCGUUUCACCAAGGCAUUCCUCUCUUGAGAUCUUCUCCUUCUCUUCUCUCCUCUGACUCUCGCCGGCAAGAACACAUGCUUAGCUUCUCAGACAAACCAGAAGCUCUCGAUUUCAGUUUGGAGAACAGUAACAACAACAACAACAACAAGAACUCUCUCUCGCCGUUUCUUCAACAGAUUCCAUCUCCUUACUGCAAAACCUCAGGAGUAGGAUAUGGGUCUGGUGGAAUGAUGAUGAACAUGAGCAUGCAAGGAAGCUUCAAUGGUGUAAAAGGACCUUUCACAUUGAGUCAAUGGGCAGAGCUAGAGCAACAGGCGUUGAUCUAUAAGUAUAUCACAGCCAAUGUCCCUGUUCCUUCUAGCUUGCUCAUCUCUAUCAAGAAGUCCUUUUACCCUUAUGCAUCUCUCCCUCCCAGUUCUUUUGGAUGGGGAACAUUCCAUCUAGGUUACGCAGGGAGUAACAUGGAUCCAGAGCCAGGGAGAUGCAGAAGAACAGAUGGGAAGAAAUGGAGGUGCUCAAGAGACGCUGUCCCUGAUCAGAAAUACUGUGAAAGACACAUCAACAGAGGCCGUCACCGUUCAAGAAAGCCUGUGGAAGUCCAAUCUAGCCAGACCGCCAUCGCCGCCGCUGCUACCGCUUCGUCCAAAGCGGUGCAGCAGAGUGUGGUCGCUAGUGCCACCAACAAGAGCAAUGCUCGUGCAACACGUAACCGCAGCGUAGCCACCAAUGGAGGUCAAUACAUCACUCCUUCUACAGAUCCUCUACCUAACAACAGAGCUCGAAAUCCGUUAGGAAGUGCGUUAUAUCCUUCCACGAUCAGUUCACAACCCAGAGAAUCUCUCAUUGUUCAUCAGAAACAGAGAGACAGCAACAACAACAACAAUCCUUUUGAGUUUGGACACAUAUCAUCUGACUCAAUACUAAACCCGAACUCCGCAAAGAGCUACGGAUCAUCAUCAUCAUCAUACUUGGAUUUUGGCAGCAACCAAGAUAAGCAUUCGGUGAAUCAUCACAACCACAGCUCAUGGCCUGAAGAGCUAAAGUCAGAUUGGACACAGCUUUCAAUGUCGAUUCCAAUAGCAUCAUCGUCCUCUCCUUCCACCACAACAGACAACAACAACAUUGGUCAAGAUAAAAUCACACUCUCGCCACUAAGGCUAUCUCGCGAGUUUGAUCCUUCUUCGAUCCAAACAGAGGAAACGAUCGAGCCUGUUAAUAAGGUGAAUACUUGGAUACCGAUCUCGUGGGGAAACUCCUUAGGGGGACCUUUAGGUGAAGCACUAAACAGCAGCACGACGAAUAGCCCUACUUUGGGAUCCUCUCCUACAGGGGUUUUGCAAAAGUCUACAUUUUGUUCACUCUCUAACAGCAGCUCUGUAACCAGCCCCGUCGCAGAGAACAGCAGAAACAAUGGCGACUACUUCCAUUACACGACAUGA